AUGAGCGCAUUUCCAUUGAUGAGGUCGGCCCCGCACGUCUGUCGAGCUGCAUCGAUAACUGAAGCGCGGAUCGGACUCAACAUGCGCCUACCUCAGCAGGUGCGCACGUACUACGCCAAGCGAAUUGACCCACGCACUCGAUUUCAAGCCACAUCGCGCACCGUCCAAGCGCGCAUCAUGAGCGCGUCUACACCGGGGUCGUACUCGACCGUUCGUAUGGGACUGAUGCUCGCCGGUGGCUCGCUGAUCGCCGCCGCCGGGCUGUCCGCAUUUACCUCUUCUACCGUCCAAUGCGAAUCUGCGCGACCGUACGCUACGCCAUCUGUCCCCAUAAAUGUCUCCACCAAAGCCGACACCACAACCGUCUCCACCGAGCCUCAAAGCAUCGUCAACGUCUAUCAACUCUCGUUUGGCACCAUCUGCGGUAUCUGCGCCGGAGUAUUCAUCAAGAAGGGCCUCAAAUUGAUCGCGUUUAUCCUCGGAGGCUGCUACAUCUUGCUGCAGUACCUCAACAGCCAACAGCUGAUCAAGGUCAACUGGUCGGCCAUCAAUUCCAGAUACGAUAAGCUGGUCGGAAGCGCUGCUGGUCCAGACCAAAAUGCCAAAGGCUUCCAGCGCAGUACCGCACAGACAAUCUGGAAGCGUACGACCAACUUCUUGGUAGCAGACUUUCAGCCUAGAGCAACCUUCAUGGCUGGCCUGCUGCUAGGAUUGCGCCUGGGAUGA